CCCCUCUGCGUCUCUAUGGCGAGUCCUCCGGCCGCGAGCGGCGCAUGCGCGGUAGGCACUCCGCCGCCCAUGGGCGACUCGGGGGACGAGUUCCGGGCGUCCCGCCGCGGGCGCCUCAAAUUGGCGGGGGGUCCGCAGGGGGGUCGCCGCCGCCACGCUCCACCCCCUGGUCCUGCCCGCGGAGACGAGACUGAGGCCCCCGGGAAGACCCAGCAUGGCGGAGAAGGGGGCGGAGGAGCCCCUUCAGGGGCGUCCGGACUCCCCCCCGCAUCGCUUAUUGGAGCCCCUCCAGGAGCGGGAGACGCAGCAGCAGAGGAAGGAGGACGCGGCGGAGGAGGAAGAUGCAGCUGCCCCUGGCAGGGGCAGCCGCAGGAGGAGCAGGGAUCCGGGCAGGUGACCCUGGAGCCCCUGGUGCUGCCCGGCGCCUCAGCCAGGAAGGAGGAGGAGGACCAUGCCAGGAGGCCACCCGCUUGCCAGGACGUCCAGUCCUGGGGAUGCCAUGGGGCUGCUCAUCCGGAGCUGCAGCCGGGAAGCCUGGAGGAGGCCGGCUGGGUGUUCUGCCAGAUCUGCCAGAAGGACCUCUCUGCCAUGAACUCUGUCCGGAGGGAGCAGCAUGUCAACAGGUGCCUGGAUGACCUGGAGGGCCCCCCUUCUGCCCCCCCUGCCAGGGGCCCGGUUGUUCCCGAGUGCCCCAUCUGCGGAAAGGGCUUCAGCUCCCUCCGGGGCCGGGGCAGCCACCUGAAGCGCUGCGCUGCCAGGAUGGAGGUCCCCCCCACGCUGCUCCUUCAGGCGGUACGGCAGCAGCAACAGCAGACCUUGCUCCUUGGCCCCCCACCUGCCCAGAGCAGCUCCAAGCGAAAAGGUGCCUCUUCCGCGCAACGCUUGCCGAAGAAGCGCAAGGCGGUGGCCGAGGUGGAUGGAGCGACGGAGGAUCUGCUGGUUGCCAUGGCCAUGUCCCGCUCUCUCUUGGGGGAGGAGGAGGAGGGGAAGACCAAACGGCUGGCCGGGAGCAGGCAGGACACCGCUUUGCAAAGCAGGAAGCCCCGAAAAGCAGAGAAGAAGAACCGAGCGAAGCUGGGCCUGCCUCUGCCUCUGCUGCUGGCCCAGGACCCCCAGGAGGCCCGCCGGAGGAUGGAGGCUCGUGUGGCGCAGCUGCUCUCCGAAGCGGAGGAGGAGUUCCCCAGCACCCCCCAGCUCCCCCCCAGCCAACUCAUUGAGCUGUUCCGGGGAGCAGGGGGGACCCACGGCUCUUUGUGGGAAGCCAGCUCCUUGGCAGGACUGUGUCCCCCGGGCAGCUUUCAGGCCACGGACUUCACCCGCUCUGUUUUGUUGCAGACGCCCGAGGAGGGAGCCGUGCUGGGUGUGGCUUUGCCCUCCUCGGGGACUAUCAGACCGGCCGAGAGGGAGCAGGGGCCGGCUGGUGCUGUUCUUCUCCCAGGAAGCGCCUCUGGAGAUUCGAGGGAGAGGCUGCCUGGCCGACCGGGCGAUGCAGAGGCGCUGCAGGACCUGGUGGAGCUGGCAGCAGAAGGGCUGACCCUCACCCAGUGGCAGCAGGAGGGGCCGGGUCAAGGUUGGCUUUCUGGCGACGUUCCGCAGAGCAGUUUUCUCCAACCACUGGAGAAGCAACUGCCCCAAAGGAGCUGUCCUCAAAUGCUCCCGCUGGGCUCCUUGGCUGAUGCCUUCAGAGGGAUGGUGAACAACCCUCACCUGAGUGACGUCCAGUUUCAGGUGGACACUGGGGAGCUCCUCUACGCGCACCUGUUUGUGCUUUAUGCACGGUGCCCACAGCUGAUGGAAAUGGCUGGCUGCGAAGGUUUCCUCGUGGCUGAAGAAGGGGGCGCAGGGACCCGCCGGGUGCUGCUGAGCGAUGUGUCGAAGGAGGCCCUGGGCGUGUUCCUGAGCUACCUUUACACGGCCGACGUCUCCGUCCCUCGCCAUGUGCUGUCGGAAGUGGCUGCUUUGGCCAGGAGGUUUGGAGUGACGGAACUGGCUGGCGUCUGCCGUGGCUGCCAGCCUGGCCCGGGGGCUCCUGGAGCUGCAGAGGAGGCAGGAGAGGACAGAGCCAAGACCUUUGAGGGGCUCCUGAAAUCCAUGUGGUUGGACGAAGAGGAAGAAGCCUUCCUGCAGGGCGGACAGCCGGAGGAAGCCGACAGCGAGGAAGUGGGCGAGCAGGAGCUGGAGCAGAUCUACGAGUUUGCUGCCACCCAGCGCAGAGCUGCCCACGAUGGGCUCGUCGUCUGCAAGGGAGCCGCUGACCCCAGGAAGGUGCCACGGGAGCCUGCAGAGGGCAGGGCAGCCACGGCAGAGUGGAAAGGAAGCCUCUGCCUGGAACAGUCCCAGUUGCCAUCUGCUGCUGCCAGUGACACAGGGCACCCCCCCAGAGCUGCCCCCACAAGAGUGCCCCAGAUGGAGAAUUCAGAGCAGCAUGAGCACUCGGCAGUCCUGUUUCCUGCCACCUGGGGUGACUGCUCUGGGCUCUCUCAGCAGAGCCGUUGUGCCAAGGAGCAGAGGGGCAGUGCAGCCAGCCCAGGCCCUGCGUCUCAGGGAUUUCCCGGCCUCCUCCAGGGGCCACCGAGGGACCUCUUGCCCCUGGGAUCCUCCUCUCCCAAACGGAGGCCGGCAUCACCCGCCAGCCCCUUGGCACUCCUCUCUCUGAGCACUCAGGGCCUGUUCUCUCCCCCUCCGAACAGCGAGUUGGAGCGGCCUGCGCGGAACAAGAGCCCAGGUCCUGGCUGCAGCCCAGGCAGCUGUGGGGCCUCGGAGGACAGCCCCAUUGUGCUCUUGGAUUCUGAUGAAGAGGCAGAGCUUGCCGGAGCGGCCCUCUCUGGGCCACGCACAGGGGCCUUGCAGUCUCAGUCGAGCCAAGGGAGGGCAGAUGUUUCCAGUGGGCAGAGGCCGUCCCUGCCACCCGCCCGUGAGGUGGGUCCUGGGGAGCUUUGGGACGCUGGUGGAGGAAGUCCUCUGCUUCUGAGGCUGGCCAGCAAUGGAGAAGAGAGCUGGGAAGAGGCCUCCAGUUGGAGAGUGCCGGACACUCCUCUGCUGGGCGGCUGCAGCUCCACCUUGGCCCCCGGGACUGAGGAGCAGGGGUCUAAAGGGGCUGGAGAGAGCCCACCCACCUGCAGCUCCGCUACCAGGCUGCCUCUGUUGGGACCCCCGCCUGCCCGGAAGAAGCCUGCCAGAAGCCCCGUGGUGGUCGUGGGCGACAGCAAAGAGGAGCUCGAUUCAGCAGCCCCUUGGCCCCAGAGCAGCCCCCUUGUGCCUGGGGAGGGCUCCCUGUGUCGCUCGGAGGAAGGGGACAGCCUUCUUUUUCUGACAGCAAGUGCCCCAACCCCACUGGGGACUCCGCCAGCUAGGAGUCCCAUUACUGGGGGAGCAGCUGCCCCCCACUUUGGAGAGAGGGGUGCUUCGACAGGAGAAGACUCCGAUAGCAGCGAGGUCUUUCCUCUGACCCAGAGAACGCCUGAUCUUGCCUUUGAGGCCGGGAGCGAGACGCCGAGGGCAGCUCCGCCCACCCCAAUGCCAUCUUACUCCAUCAUGGAGACCCCAAAGCUGAAGAAGGAGCUGCACAGGUUUGGAGUCCGUGCUCUCCCAAAGCGGAAGAUGAUCUUGAAGCUGAAGGAGAUAUUUCAGUACACUCACCAAGGGGCCAGAGCCAACCCCCAGGAACAGGCGGCUGUGGCCUCCCAGCUGGCCUUGCCCCACAGCCCAGCCCAGCCAGUCCCGAGGAAGCCGAGGCUGGCCAUCGCCUCCAGCCCCGUUGGCAAGCGGCUGCCCGGAUCUGCUGAGCCUUGCCAGGGCGCUCAGGGAAGCCAGGCUGUCGGCAGAUUUAGGGAUCCUUCUGGCGGAGGCCGUGCGGGGCUUGAGCCCCCCGCUUCAGAGCGGCUUCAGGGGACAGCCUCACUUCCAACAGGAUUUCCCCCUGGAGGAAGCACCAAGGCCUCGGCGCCCACGGCCUCCCAGGAAUCGACUGCGUCUUCAGGGACUGGUAGUGAUGUGUCCGUAGCAUCCCAGAGCUCUUCUUCAAUGGAGUUCGGCUCGCUGGUCGAGGAGGAAGAGGAGGAGCCCGUCCCGGCUUCUCAGGCUGCAGCCCGCGAGGCACACAAAGUAGAAGCCUUGCGGCGCCACCUCACCUCCAAGCCAGCUCUUUGCCGCCAAAUCCUCCUGUACCAGCCCAUUGAGUUGGCUGGGCUGCAGGCAGAACUGAAGGAAAGCGGCGUCAAGAUUGCGAUGGGCAAGCUGAUGGACUUCCUCGACGCGCACUGCAUUACCUUCACAACUGCAGAAGCCCGGAGGGAGAAGCAACGGCACUCCAAAAAGCGGAGACGGCGGUUCUGAGGAGUUUCUAUGGGCCUUGAUGGUGGAACUGCCGGUGCUUUGCCCACUCAGCUGCCUCUUAUCACUUCCGUGCGUGUGUGAUUUUUCUUUGACUGGAAGAGCUGUGGCAAAGACAUGACUAAGCCUUCCGCUUAGAUCAUGCACUCGGACUGAACUGUGCUCCUCCAUGGGGGAAAACAGCUUCUUUGGUGGCCGUCAGUUCAAAUCUGUACAGAGCAGGUCCCUGGAGCGGCUUGAGGGGGAGCGAAGAGAGACGCUGAAACACACUGCAGUUGCUUCAGGGCCUCCUCAUUGCAGGUGCAGCUGCCGCCGCGUCUCGGCCUGUGUUUGCUGGCCAAGAUUAUGGGUUGUUAGGUGUGGCUCACCUUGAGCAUCCCUCUGUACCCGUUGAUCUGUGCCAACCAUUAAACAUGUGGGUGUAA